UCCAAGGGCCCAGUCAAGCAGACCAUGCAAGACUACUUCGUCGCCGUCAGCGACGCGCUCGGAGCGCUGUGGUCUCUCAGCCCGCCCGCUUGGCGAGCGACCCGGGGUCCCGCGUUUUCCCACCACAGCGGCGCGCCGUUUUGCCUCACCGUGGUCUUUGACGGCCACGGCUCCGGCGACCACGCGGCGCGCACCACGCAGGAGAGCGUGCUUGCGGCUGUGGCGUCUGACCCAGAUCUCCUGGACUGCUUUGCUCGCAACAUGGAGAUGCCGGGUGUGAGCCCCGAGGUGCUGGCGGUGGCCACCAGCGCCUUCCGCCGCUCCUUUAGAGAGCUGGACUCCCGGAUUUGCACGGAGGGGGAAGCGCGGGGGCUGCCGCACGACGGCACCACUGCGCUGGUGAGCGUCCAGGUGGGCCCCAAGCUCUACACCGCCAACGCGGGGGACUGCCGGGCGGUGCUGUGUCGCGGCGGCCGGGCGGUGAGACUGUCCCGCGACCACAAGCCGGAGCUGCCGGAGGAGCGCACCCGCAUCGAGGCGGCGGGGGGCCGGGUGGCCAACAUGCGGGGUACGUGGCGGGUGGUGCUGCCGCUGGCGGACGGUUGCACAGCCAAGGUCUGCUCCGUGUCCAGGGGUUUUGGCGACCGGGACUUCAAGGCCGCCUCGCGCAUCUCUUCCCAGCCCGAUGUGGCAGCGCUGGUGCUGGCGCCACAGCUGGACACGUUCGCCAUUCACGCCAGCGACGGGCUGUGGGGCGUGGUGGGAGAUCAGGAGGCGGUGGACCUGGCGACGGAGGUGAUUGACAAGUUUACGGGCAUGACUUCCUUCAACACGCAGCAUGCUGCCGCCGCCAAGGCCUCUGCGCAGGAGCUUGUCAAACUGGCGCGAGACAGGGGGUCGAUGGACGACAUUACCGUGGUCGUGACGCUGUACGACUGGAAUUGA